GCAACCGGCGCACAGGCUCAAUCUGAAAAGUGGAAGCUUUUACAACCAAAAUGUGUUCUUCCUCUCACUACUUCUAACAGACUUCCAAGGAUCUAUCUAAUUUAAAAAAAAAUUCCCCCCUCUCCUUCUGCUCUCCUUCUCUUGGAAAUCUGGGUGACUUGUCCUGCAGACAGAAAAGGGAAAGAAAUCAAUAGAAAUGCUUUGAGUAUCAUGAGCUAUAGCUAGCACAACAGAUGGUGACCAUGGCGCCACGGAAACGGAACAGGCAUGUAUUGGGAUUUCUUUGUUGCUUCCAGAGCAGCGAUCAUCCAGAGAUCACAUUCAAGGACAGCAGUGUGCCGCUACAGCUUCUGGAAUUCUCUCUUCCAAUCCCACCAGCUGAUGAACUCAACGCCAGGUUUGCAGAACUCGUUGAUGAGUUGGAUCUUACAGACAAGAACCGAGAUGCUAUGUUUGCACUGCCCGCAGAGAAGAAAUGGCAAAUCUAUUGCAGCAAGAAGAAGGAACAAGAUGACCCCAACAAGCAGGCCACCAGUUGGCCUGAUUACUACAUUGACCGCAUCAACUCCAUGGCUGCAAUGCAGACAGUUUUUGCCUUUGAUGAAGAGGAAAUGGAGAUGAGAAACACAAUCGUCGAAGGCCUUAAAACAGCUCUAAGAACACAGCCAAUGAGGUUUGUGAUGCGAUUCAUCGAACUGGAUGGGCUUACGUGCCUGUUAAACUUUCUCCGGAGCAUGGACUAUGACACAUCAGAGAGCCGCAUUCACACAUCCGUUAUAGGGUGCAUCAAGGCUCUGAUGAACAAUUCCCAAGGCCGGGCCCACGUGCUGGCUCACCCGGAGAGUAUCAACAUCAUUUCCCACAGCCUCAGGACGGAGAACGUCAAGACCAAGAUCGCGGUGCUGGAGAUUUUGGGCGCAGUUUGCCUGGUCCCCGGAGGGCACAAGAAAGUACUGCAGGCGAUGUUGCACUACCAGAUUUACGCAGCAGAGAGGACUCGCUUCCAGACAUUACUUAAUGAGCUGGACAGAAGUACUGGAAAGUACAGGGAUGAGGUGCACCUCAAAACUGCAAUAAUGUCCUUCAUCAAUGCCGUGUUAAACGCUGGUGCUGGAGAGGACAAUCUGGAAUUCCGACUGCACCUCCGGUAUGAGUUCCUCAUGUUAGGAAUUCAACCUGUGAUCGAUAAGUUACGAAGCCAUGAGAACGCAACGUUAGACAGGCACUUAGACUUCUUUGAGAUGGUCAGAAAUGAGGAUGAGAAUGAACUUGCAAAGCGGCUUGACAUGGUGCAUAUUGACACCAGGAGCACAAGCCAGAUGUUUGACUUGAUUCGGAAGAAACUGAGUCACACAGAAGCCUACCCACAUUUAGUGUCUGUCCUCCAGCACUGUCUCCAAAUGCCCUGGAAGAGGAACGGAACCAACAGCCAGCAUUGGCAGCUCCUCGACAGGAUACUACAGCAAAUAGUGCUGCAGGACGAGAAGGGGGAAGAUCCCGACGUCGCACCAUUGGAGAACUUCAACGUGAAGAACAUCAUUCGGAUGCUGGUGAAUGAGAACGAAGUGAAACAGUGGAAGGAUCAAGCAGAAAAGUUCAGGAAAGAACACGGGGAAUUAUUCGCGAGACUCGAAAAGAAAGAAAGGGAGUGCGAGACCAAAACCCAGGAGAAGGACGACAUGAUGAAAACGCUCAAUAAGAUGAAGGACAAGCUCCAGAAGGAGUCGGCUGAGUUGCGCCAAACGAGAGAACAAGUGAUAGAACUCUCUACUCGUCUGAGUGAACUGGCAAACUCGAGUGCAGGAGGCUUUUCCUUCCCCCUUCCCCCUCCCCCGCCCGGGGGUCCCCUUCCUCUACCUCCCCCUCUGAUGCUGGGUGAGCUGCCUCCACCACCCCCACCCCUCCCAUACGAAUUCCUACCUCCUCCUCCCCCGCCCCCUCCUCCUGGCGGCCCACCCCCUCCGCCUGGAGCCCCUCCCUUCUUCAGCUGCGCCAUGCCACCACCCCCUUGCCCGCUCACAGUGGGAAGUAUGAGGAAGAAAGCCAUUCCACAGCCAUCGCACCCGCUGAAGUCCUUCAAUUGGCACAAGUUGGCAGAGGACAGAAUUGGAGGCACCGUUUGGAAUGAGAUAGACGACCUCCGAGCCUUCAACACACUUGACCUGGAAGAUUUCGAGAAGAUGUUCUCUGCCUAUCAGAGGCAGCAGAAGGAGCUCGGCUCUACCGAAGAUCUGUACCUCACGAUGAGGAAGGUGAAGGAGCUGUCAGUGAUUGAUGGACGAAGGGCUCAGAACUGUGUCAUUCUGCUGUCAAAAUUAAAGUUGUCCAAUGAGGAAAUCAAGCACGCAAUCUUACAAAUGGAUGAACAAGAGGACUUGGCCAAGGAUAUGCUGGAACAGCUCCUCAAGUUCGUCCCCGAGAAGAGUGAUAUUGACCUUCUGGAGGAGCAUAAACAUGAGAUUGACCGCAUGGCCAGGGCUGACCGCUUCCUCUAUGAGAUGAGCAGAAUCGACCAUUACCAACAGCGGCUGCAGGCUUUAUUCUUCAAGAAGAAGUUUGCUGAGCGACUCGCAGAAGCAAAGCCAAAGAUCGAAGUGAUCCUUCUGGCAUCCAAAGAGCUAUGUCGAAGCAAGAGGCUGAAGCAGCUCCUGGAGGUUGUCCUUGCCUUUGGAAACUACAUGAACAAAGGCCAGAGGGGGAACGCUUUUGGCUUCAGAAUUUCUAGCCUCAACAAGAUUGGAGAUACAAAGUCAAGCAUUGACAGGAAUAUCACACUGUUGCACUAUCUGAUCAUGAUAUUCGAAAAGAGCUACCCAGAGAUCCUCACCAUUCAGUUAGACUUACUUCACGUACCAGACGCAGCCAAAGUCAACCUGGCAGAACUGGACAAAGAAAUAAACAAUCUUAAGAAUGGACUGAAGGCUUUGGAGUCUGAGCUGGAAUACCAGAAACGCCGCACACGGGACUAUGAGGACAAGUUUGUUCCAGUCAUGAGUGACUUCAUUACAGUCGCUAGCUUCAGCUUUUCAGAGAUGGAGGAUCUGUUAGCCGAGGCUAAAGAUAAGUACUCCAAGAUGUUGAAGCACUUCAGCGAAGACGAAACAAAGAUGCAGCCAGAUGAGUUCUUUGGCAUAUUUGACACAUUCCUGCAGUCAUUCGCUGAAGCAAAACAGGACCUCGAGAACAUGAGGAGGAAGAAAGAGGAAGAGGAGCGAAGGGCUCGCAUGGAAACCAUGCUGAAGGAGCAGCGCGAGAAGGAGCGUCGGCUGAAGAAAGCGCGCGCUGGCAGCGUCUCGGAGGAGGUUGGCGAGUUCGACGACCUGGUGUCAGCCCUGCGGUCCGGCGAGGUCUUUGACAAGGACCUGUCCAAGCUGAAGCGCAACCGCAAGCGCUCCGGCAACCAGGUGGUGGAGAGCGGCAGGGAGCGGGCGGUGACUAAGCUCAAUUAUUGAAGGACUGGCUGCACCCGUUAAGGAGGCCCGGGACAAAUGCCCUGGCGCUCGGCGCCGUUUGUGUGGGCAGGCGUAGUUGGGGGGCAGUGGAACUCUUUACUUACCCUCAAGCUGCAACAGCCCGUGGGCCCAGGGGAUGAGAAAAAUGAAACACAGGACCUUUUGUUCAUCCACCGACCAGAAACAAAACUGCCUUUCUCUCUCUCUCUCUCUCUCUCGCUCUGCCUAUCUCUCCCUCUCUUCCCUUCUCGCCACCUUAAGAGAAUGGAGAGGGGAAAAUGGGCCCAAAGUGCCUGUACACCGUGCUCCUAUCACCAGCCGCUGGGGCCUUUCCUUUUGAAAGCAGGACACUUGACUCUGGAAACAACCGAAGGAACAGAGCAGAGCAUUGUGGGAUUGGAGGGAGUCGCCCUCUGGGACUGAUAAGGAAGCCAUGAUGCUUUGCCAUUAUUAUUACUAUUACUUUUUUAUUUUUUAGUUUUUUGCCCACUCUCCUCGUCCAAAGCAUAAAGGGAUUGAUUCACUCCAGUCCUGCAAGUGGUGGGUCCUCGACUACAUCCUGCUGUGGCACCCCCUCCCUCUCCCGUGUUCCUCUGCUUAAUUUUUAGGGUUGCUAACUGUCCAGGGUCUCCCUGGAGUCUCCAGGAAUUGAAGGUUGUGAGCAACCCUGGAGGAAAAUCACUGGACUCCAAAGACAGUGUAUGGUAUUUUUUUCACAUUUUCUGCAGACUCGCUCCUCACUUGUCUUGCCAAAUUGGUGUGUCAGUGGUGUAAGACAAGAAGCCACCCGAUGAAACCUCCAGGAAUAUGUCCUCCCAGAGUUGGCAACUCCAUCCUGAAGCCGCCUGCAUAACUGAGAUGGUUGAGUCCAGCUACGCCUUGGGGAAAAAAAUGGGGGUUGGGUGGAGCCGGUUGGGAAUCGUGUCAUCAAACUGUGCCAAACAUGAGCUUCCCACCACUUUGGACAUCAGAAAAAACAUAUUAUGUCAAAAAAAACAGUAUUAAAUACAGUCAGUGACUCUGCACUGAUGAUCACCCGAGCACAUAUACCUGUUACCAGAACCUAGAUAGCCACAGCAAAAUAACUGGGCCUCUAUUGUGCAAUAAUUUUUUUAAGCUUAUAUAGAUAUAUGUAUAAUGUUAAAGUUUUACUUUGAAAGAAGAAAGUUAAUUCUUUUGAAGAGUAGACUCGUCACAUCCAAUGUGACUAAAAUGAGCAUGGUCAAUUCUUUCAGUUCUUUUUCUCACCAGCACCUCUCUCCAAACUCUCCCUGCUCUCUCCACAGCCCCUUAACACCUAAAUAAACCAAGCUUUGCCUCUCAUGCUUUUCAGGGCAAUGCAGGGAAAGCAAUCGGCAAGAUUAAAGGUACGUGUGUGGUUGAGAACCAUUUCAAAUACCAGCAAGGGAAAGUUUUUUUUAAAAUGGUUCAGUAGAACCCAGUAUAGGCACACAGACUCAGGAUCAGAAUGGGCUCCAAAUUCCUGUCCCUUUCUCACAUGUAGAUCUCAUAGAGGGAGAAAGGGGAGGGGGGGGAAAAAGCACAUUUCUGAAAUGACAGUUUUUCUUUUUUGUUUUGAGACCUGUAGCACACUGUUCAUAGGGGAGGAGGGAAAGAGGUUGACGUUUCUCUCUAGUGUUUACCACCCAAUGAACUUUUUCAAGUUUUUGACCCAUUUCCCCCAUCCCCAAAAUGGAGACGCAGCAGAUGUUGACCACACUAUGUUAAUGCAGCAGACCCGUACCAUGUUUGAUAAAUGUAGCAGUAUAUUAUAGACAUACUUGUUUUUAAGGUUGUAAUAAGUUUCAUGCGUGGAUGAGGUAGAAUAAUUCCAGGUUAAGGACAAUGAAGGAAUAGAAGAUUAUGCAGCAGCAGCAGCAGCAUGGAUCUGAAGCAUUGUUUCAUCCAUUUUGAAAGGGUUUUAUGAAAGUAGAAAGAGGCAGGACAAGAUGUGAACAUCUGUAGGUGCUGAUCAGUCAUCAAAAAUUUUUAUAUGGGAGAUUUUUCUCUCGGUCCAUUCACAUUUAUGCUGACCGACUGCAAAAAUGGCAUGUUGCUUUGAGAAAUGAUACCUUGAGGCAAGGGGAAGCAUUUCAGUGUGGCCGUUCAUUUGGCCAUAGGCAAGCAUUUUUUUUAUUCUUGGCAAGAUUUUACAACAAACCAGUCUUAAUAUCCCAACUGUGUCAUGACCUGCAGUGCCUAAAGCUUCCUUGUAGCUGAGGCCUGCGGUAUGUGAGGCAGCCAGUCUACUAGACUGAGGCCUGUAGUGAUAACAAGACUGCUCUUUUGGCCAACCACACUGAGGCCUAGAGUGAGGUGUAUUUAAUGGCCUACCACAAGAGGCCUGCUGUAUUUGAUCUCAGUGCUAUGAGGUUAGGUUAGCUCCAAGAUGACAUGUCUGCUAAGUGUCAAUCGAAGAUUGGAACCAGGUUAAUGCUUUAUAUUAGAUUCAGCGACCUAGGAGCCAUGAUGGUUCACAAUCUCCAGGGCAAUGUUGGAGGAGCUCCCCAGGAAAGCUAGUAUCCUUUACAGCCUCUCAAUGACCCCGUAAGCCUGUGCCUGAACAACUGUCUAGACAGCAGGAAGUUUGCCACAGUUUAAACUAAUGGAAGUCCAGCCCCUCCAUUGCUGAUAUGCUGGGUAAGUUUAUUACAUGUGUGACACUGGACCACACAGAUCGAACAUAUCCUUAGUUUGAAUCCCUGGUCUGUGCUCGGUUGGUCAUACAGUAAUAGGGAAGCUACAGAUCUCAACACCUUUGUGGCGAGGGAGAACAAAGCAAGCCCUGGCUCCCCACCCUAAUUGCCACCCCUGCCACAGACUACAGGCUAUGUAAAUGAGGUGAGGCCUGGAUUGGGCAAGAUGAUGCCUUCCCUGAUUGAUUUGAGUGUCAGUGCUGCACAUGAAGAAUAACAUUUUUAUGUAAGGUGCUUGAGGGUUAGCAGUGCCUGUGAAACUAAUUGGCAGCACAAGUCACCAACUGGAAGAGGGGAGGAGAAAAUUGUAAAAGAGGGACAUAAUGGAAAGGCUUCCCAAGGCCUACUGCCCAUGAUAACUUGCUGUGGUGUGUGCUUUGCAGACAAGGAGCAUUUCAUAGAAUGGAAUAAUACAGCACUGACAGGAGGCCAUUCAACCCAUCGUGCUUUUGCCUGCUCUAUGAAAGAGCUAUCCACUCCCCUGCUUUUUCUCCAUCCUGCUGAAGAUUUUCAUUUCAACGUAUUUAUCUGAUACCCUUUUGAAAGUUGCUGUUGAAUCUACUUCCUUCAGGGGGUGCAUUCCUUAGCAACACUCUCCUCUGGCUCUUUAGCCAAAUGUCUUACAUGGAAUCAGUUUUUCCCUCCAAACCCCUCAAUAAUUUUGAGCCUUUCCUAAAUCUCCAUUAACCUUCUUUGCUGUAAGGAGAACAAUCACAGCUUCUCCAGUCCCCCCAUGGAACUGAAGUCCCUCAUCACUGGUACUAUUCUGGUAAAUCUCCUCUGCACCCUCCUGAAGGCCUAUAUCCCCACUUUAAGCCUGGCAUGAAAUCAGGAUGUUGCCAUUGGAAACAGAAACCCCAGGCCAGCUAAACUCCCGACCCUGGCAAUUCUCAACGCCUGCCGCCUGGCAGCUGUGUAUAUCAGAGUGGCUGUGAGUCAGUCCUGAACCUGGUUAACUGAGCAUUGGUUAAUAUGGUGUGAAAUCUUUGCACUGGUGCUCCCCCAUUUGCAUAAUCCGACCCGAUAGCAUGAAGGUCACAGGCGAUGCUCGAGUGCUCCACAUAAAAGGCAUGGCGAAUUGAUUGGUAAGCACCCCUGGCGAAACAAGGGGAGCGGAAGGUCAGGAUCCCACCAGCCACAAACCACUGCACACAGUAAAACAGCCCAGAGCAAGCCACAUUUUAUCGGUUGUAACAAGCAGUGAGCCAGACCAUAAUAACAGCUCCCAAUGCCCCAUAGCUAUUUCACAGAUACAGCCUCAAAAUAAAACAUGUUUGAAAAAAAAAGGGGAGAGGGCUGACCUCGAUUUUAGGGUAAAAAUAUUUUUAGUAUAGAAACCUUUCUCCAAAACACUACAGAAAGGCUGAGCGCUCAAAGGUACCAGAAGAUUAUUUUGACAGAUGUGGUAAUCUGUGAAUCCUGUAUGUAUUUUGAAAGCUGCAAAGGACAUUGAAUGCUCACAGAAAUGAAGCUCCAGGGAGGGAAUGAGCAAGCGGGAUGGAUAGAUGAGCUGUAGAUAGAUUGCCACUGAAUGACCUCAGUUGGAUAUAGCUGAUUUGUUGGCUGUAAUCCUUUAAACUGCCUCUCUUGUCUUUCACUUUAAAAAGUGACUAGUUACACAGCCGGCCCAGCUUCAGACUGCGUUUGGAUGUAGCCUGCUUUCCAGUGAUGCAACAGAUGAGGUACCUGGACAUUUUUUUGGCCAGAAUGGUCAAUUUGUAUUCAGACCAUGAGAAGAGGGUUGUUUAAGAAUCCAACUGAAGAUUAAUAUGUGGUAAAUACAGGUGUGAACUCCAGGUCCCUAUUUUGUAACUGCAUCCCUCUCCCCAUGCCACCCCCAGCCACCCCACACACUCCAUUUGACUCUGCUUUCUUGAACCCAAAUUGUAGGCCUGAAUGCAUUGACUUCAGCCUUUGAGCCUUACUCCCAUGAGUGAUCCCUAUCUAUGCCUAACAUAGUGGUUGCAUUUAAAGCUAGCUCAUGCAGUGGCCAAUAUGCUCCUGCCUGCAUGGUGCCCACUGAACUGAUGCACAUUGGUUGGCAACCCCCUGCAUGGUCAGACUUGGAACUCUGAGGCCACCUAAUGUGCCUUGGCCAGAGUGCAGCAUGCUGGGAGGCUGCGCAAUAAGUAAAAAAAAAGCUUUCCAAAGGCUGCUGACGUAUGAGACCAUAAUGAGAUGGGAAUGACGGGACAGCCCACCAGAUGUGUAGUGCCCAUUUGGGACGAGUGAUUCUGGAAAGGAUCGGGAAAGAUGGGGCAGUGGGAGAUGGGUUUCCUUGGCAUUUGUGCCUAUAAUUUACCAGAAAGCAGCAGGACGGUGAAGAAAAGACUUCUCCAACUAUGGAGAAUUUACUGCAUAGUAACAGGCCAUUUAACCCUCCUGGUCCAUGCUAGUGAUUUUACUCCACAUGAAUCUUCUCCUACUGUAUUGCAUCUAACCCCAUCAACAUAUCCUACUCUUUUCCCCCAUGCCAAGUUUCUCCUCACUUAUUCCCCUCAGCUAUUCUAUAUUUUACACUCAAACCAUUCUCCGUUAAAAUAUUUUCUCCCGAAUUCCUUUUUGGAUUUAUUAGUGACAAUCUUAUAUUUAUGACAUCCAGUUUGGGACUCCUCCACAAAUAGAAACAUCUGCUCUCCAUUUAUGCUAUUAAAGCCCUUUAAAGUUGUAAAGACCUUGAUUAAGUCGCCUCUCAGCCUUGUCAUCUUUUUGUUUUAGAACAGAUCCUCAGCAGUGUACAAGCACACAGCGAAGAAGCAAAACUAAUUAGCAAACAUUUGAGCCACUACUAAGUUGGAGCUCAAUUUAAUUGUCUUGUUUAGUGAUAUGUGACACGGCUGAUGUCUCCUUGUUUGGGCUGUGCCUACAAAUCAAAAUCUGUCUUUGACAAUGCUUUACCAAGGCAUUGACACAUGAUUCCAACAUUGAAACUAACGUGUGAAGAACUGUUAAAUUAGUUGAUGAUUAGUCAUUUGGUAGUAUAGAACUUGAGUAUUGCUGAAAAAGACAUUUUGUCGAAGUUUUUUGUCUUGCACUCAUUAGGACAAUCGCAAGAAAAUACCAAUGUCAGGUGUUGCAAUUGUCCUGAUGAGUGCAAGACGAAAAGCUUCAACAAAAUGUAUUUUUUCAGCAAAAAGAUGAUUGCCAAGUUUGCAGUUAAAUAUCCCAGUGGCAUAGGCUCAACACCCAGGUACAAAUUCCUCUUGUGGCUGAUAUGCUCAGUUUAUUUGAUAGCAGUGACCAAAUUUCAACAGGCAUUAACUGCAGCCUGGUGUUCAGGCUGCUAUGUUUGAUCAGUAGGCAACUGAAUUUCAAUUGUGGAGUAGAAGUGACCCUCUAUCUAUUUUGCGAGCAAGCUGCAGUCUUAUUAUAGUCCUCGAAAUCAGUGGGAG